AUGGAUGAAGCUUCAAGGCGGGUUCGAGUGCAGUUUGUGACGAAGCUGAAACCUCCAUAUAAAGCACCACCAACCUCUAUUACCAUUCCUUCCAACCUCACCUGCUUGGGUCUCUCCACUAUUGUCAGUAGUUUCCUUAAAGCUGAAGUUUUGGCACAAACUCUUGAGAUUGAAUACAUCAAGGCCAUGGUCCCAAGGACGGUAGAGGAGCCUUCUCUACAUGAUGAUUGGGUUAAUGCAAUUGAUGGUUCAAGUUCCAAGUAUGCCUCUUCUCUUCUUGAGUUCUGUAUGCUAUUCAUAGAAAUAUUGUGCUAUAACAUUCUUAGUCUUGGAUUGCUAUUUUUCGAAGUUAGAGGAUACAUGGCUGAUCAUAUGGGUUGUAACGUUAUCACGGCUACUCAGCAUACAUUGAGUGCAGCUCAAAAUUUGGGGAAACAAAUUGGGGUAGUAGCGUACAUUGAGUGCAGCUCAAAAGCACAGCAGAAUGUGAAAGCUGUGUUUGACACUGCCAUCAAAGUUGUUUUCCAACCUCCAUGGAGGAAAGAAGUUGCUAGAAAGAGAAGGCACAGAACCUUUAGCUGCUUCAUUGUGUAA